AUGGUCAAAACUUACAUUGUAACGGGUGCCUCUCGUGGUCUCGGUUUCGAAUUCGUAAAGCAAAUUGCUGCUGCUGGCAAUAUUGUAUUUGCUUGUGCCCGUAAUCCUGAUGCAUCUAAAGCUCUUGUGGAUUUGGUUGAUAACAAAAAAGUGUUUGCUGUCAAAUUAAAUACUGUCAGUCAGGAGUCCAUCAAGGCUGCUGCUGCUGAAAUCGAUGCUAAAGCACCAGAGGGUGCUGAUUAUUUGAUCAACAAUGCAGGCAUCUGUGGUACGAUGGGUCUUGAUUUUGAGGCUAGUACUCCUGAAGAGUUGGCCAAUGUUUUCAACACGAAUCUUGUUGCUGUCAAUGAAGUAACAAAAGCCUUCGUUCCAAUUCUUCGCAAGCGUGGUCCCGAUCAAAUCAAGAAGAUUCUCAACAUGUCUUCCAUUCUUGGUUCUAUCGGUCAAAUGGAAGAUGCUGAUGGUUGGGGAUUUGGUGUUGCUUAUUGUGUUUCUAAGGCUGCUCUUAAUAUGCUCACAAGAAUGACUGCAAACAAGCUUGGCAAAGAGAAUUUCGUAGUCUUUGCCUCACAUCCCGGGCAUGUUAUGACAGAUAUGGGCGGAAGCGACGCUCCUACUACCCCAGAACAAUCGAUUCGCGGCCAACUUGCCAAUCUUGAGAAAUUUGGGAAGGAAGAGAAUGGUUUAUACUACGACUUUGAGGGCAAUGCUAUGGCUUGGUAG